AUGGCUGCUGAGUCGGUUGAAUGCCUCCUCUAUCCUGCCCACUGCCAUUGCCACGUCUUCAUGUCCUUCCCCUCCUUCCCCUCCUUCCCCUCCUUCCCCUCCUUCCCCUCCUUCCCCUCCUUCCCCUCCUUCCCCUCCUUCCCCUCCUUCCCCUCCUUCCCCUCCUUCCCCUCCUUCCCCUCCUUCCCCUCCUUCCCCUCCUUCCCCUCCUUCCCCUCCUUCCCCUCCUUCCCCUCCUUCCCCUCCUUCCCCUCCUUCCCCUCCUUCCCCUCCUUCCCCUCCUUCCCCUCCUUCCCCUCCUUCCCCUCCUUCCCCUCCUUCCCCUCCUUCCCCUCCUUCCCCUCCUUCCCCUCCUUCCCCUCCUUCCCCUCCUUCCCCUCCUUCCCCUCCUUCCCCUCCUUCCCCUCCUUCCCCUCCUUCCCCUCCUUCCCCUCCUUCCCCUCCUUCCCCUCCUUCCCCUCCUUCCCCUCCUUCCCCUCCUUCCCCUCCUUCCCCUCCUUCCCCUCCUUCCCCUCCUUCCCCUCCUUCCCCUCCUUCCCCUCCUUCCCCUCCUUCCCCUCCUUCCCCUCCUUCCCCUCCUUCCCCUCCUUCCCCUCCUUCCCCUCCUUCCCCUCCUUCCCCUCCUUCCCCUCCUUCCCUUCCUUCCCCUCCUUCCCCUCCUUCCCCUCCUUCCCCUCCCUCUACUCUCACUCCUCCCUCCUCUCCCUCUCCUACCUCAACAUUUUCUUCAGUCUCUCCUUUCCCUUCGCUUUCCUCACCUUCCCCUUCCCCCUCUCCUUCCCUUUUACCCUCUCCUUUUCCUUCUCCCUCUCCUUUUCUUUCUCCCUCCCCUUUUCCUUCUCCCUCCCCUUUUCCUUCUCCCUCCCUUUUUCCUUCUCCCUCCCUUUUUCCUUCUCCCUCCCCUUCCUCUUCUCCCUCUCCUCGUUCACACGACUCCACAACGCUACUGAAUCGACUGAAAGCUGCUUCAAUCCUCUCCAGACCCCGCCCCCCUCCCCCACCGCCCCUCCUUUUCUCCCUUCUUCCGCAGUCUGUCUCUCCUGGGGACUGUCUAACUGA